CAGCGUGACACACGUAAUUUUGUCUAACAUGUUCUGUCUUUUCUUCCGCUUAGUCAUGCCCUCAAAAUCGUAGAGGCCGCAUAUUCACGUACCUCCGCCACGUCUGGCCUACACGUACACAUCGACCCAUCAAAGUCGAGGCCCAACCAACCAAAGAGCACUGACACUCACCGCCGGCGACGCCCAACCGCUACUGUGGACUCACCAACGACCAAAACCUUCGCCGGCUCUCCGGUCCCUCCACGACGGUUCUACGCCCCCUACCUACUGCAUGUCCAUCAAUUUUACCGCCAACUCCCCAUCCCGCCGUUUCUCCUAUAUAUAUGCGCACGGACAUGUCCGUUGAGAUCUCCAGGAAGGCAGGAAGAACCGCCGCCACGCCACACAAAAAGCAGUGACUCAGUGAGAAAGGACAGCAAGCCCUCCCUCCAUCUCCGCCCCGUCGCCAUGGUCCUUCUCUUCGUGGAGAAGCUCCUGGUCGGCCUCUUGGCGUCCGUCAUGGUCGCCAUCGCGGUGUCCAAGAUCCGUGGCCGCAAGCUCCGGCUGCCUCCCGGCCCCGUCCCCGUGCCCGUCUUCGGGAACUGGCUGCAGGUCGGCGACGACCUCAACCACCGCAACCUCGCCGCGCUGUCCCGCAAGUUCGGCGACGUCUUCCUCCUCCGCAUGGGGCAGCGCAACCUGGUGGUGGUCUCGUCGCCGCCGCUGGCGCGGGAGGUGCUGCACACGCAGGGCGUGGAGUUCGGCUCCCGCACCCGCAACGUGGUCUUCGACAUCUUCACGGACAAGGGGCAGGACAUGGUGUUCACCGUGUACGGCGACCACUGGCGCAAGAUGCGCCGCAUCAUGACCGUGCCCUUCUUCACCAACAAGGUCGUGCAGCAGUACCGCCACGGCUGGGAGGCCGAGGCCGCCGCCGUCGUCGACGACGUGCGCCUCGACCCCAAGGCGGCCACCGACGGAAUCGUGCUCCGCCGACGCCUGCAGCUCAUGAUGUACAACAACAUAUACCGGAUCAUGUUCGACCGGCGCUUCGAGAGCAUGGACGACCCGCUCUUCCUCCGCCUCAGGGCGCUCAACGGCGAGCGCAGCCGCCUCGCGCAGAGCUUCGAGUACAACUACGGCGACUUCAUCCCCAUCCUCCGUCCGUUCCUCCGCGGCUACCUCAGGGUCUGCAAGGAGGUCAAGGAGACCCGCCUCAAGCUCUUCAAGGAUUUCUUCCUCGAGGAGAGGAAGAAGCUGGCGAGCACCAAGGCCACGGACAGCAACGGGCUCAAGUGCGCCAUUGAUCACAUACUGGAGGCACAGCAAAAAGGUGAGAUCAACGAGGACAACGUGCUCUUCAUCGUCGAGAACAUUAACGUUGCAGCGAUCGAGACCACGCUGUGGUCGAUCGAGUGGGCGGUCGCCGAGCUGGUGAACCACCCGGAGAUCCAGCAGAAGCUGCGGCAGGAGCUGGACACGGUGCUCGGGCCGGGCCACCAGAUCACGGAGCCGGACACGCACAACCUCCCCUACCUGCAGGCGGUGAUCAAGGAGACGCUGCGGCUGCGGAUGGCCAUCCCGCUGCUGGUGCCGCACAUGAACCUCCACGACGCCAAGCUCGGCGGCUACGACAUCCCCGCCGAGAGCAAGAUCCUCGUCAACGCCUGGUACCUCGCCAACAACCCCGACAGCUGGAGGCGGCCCGAGGAGUUCCGGCCCGAGCGAUUCCUCGAGGAGGAGAAGCACGUCGAGGCCAACGGCAACGACUUCAGGUACCUGCCCUUCGGCGUCGGCCGCAGGAGCUGCCCCGGGAUCAUCCUCGCCCUGCCCAUCCUCGGCAUCACCAUCGGCCGCCUCGUCCAGAACUUCGAGCUGCUCCCACCGCCCGGGCAGGACAAGGUCGACACCACCGAGAAGGGAGGCCAGUUCAGUCUCCACAUCUUGAAGCAUUCCACCAUCGUGUGCAAGCCAAGAACGCUCUAAGAGCAGCCCACACGUCGGUUCCAUGCGGAGCAGUCGAAUGUUCUGCUCCAUCACCAUGUUAUUCGGGCUUAAUUAAGCAGUAUCAUUAGUAGACAGUAGGAGUACAGGAAGAAAAAAAAGCUCUGGGUAAUGUUAUUUGCAACAAAGGGAAGGGAAGGGAAGAAUCUGAUAACUAUUCAAUGAAGCGUUCGGUUCUUGAGAGCCUCACGAAGUUUGGGCGUGUUUGGAUUCACCAGAUUCUAAUAAUAAUGUUCAGCAUAUCAGUUAAGAAAUCAAAGGAACCUUAUUCUGACGCUACA